AUGUUCCGUGCCAUAGCGUGCGAAAGGCCUAAAGAGCCCUGUAUUACAGGCGGGUCUCAUGCCUCUGUCGAUCUCUCUCGUACAAUUUCGCCACGACCCGACAUUGGCAUGCUUUUCGAGCAGCAGAGCCCAUUUGCAUCGAAUGGAAUGAGCAGCCUUCACGAGAGCUGGCAGUCAAAGAAAAGUAUGCCAGCUGGGCACUUUCCCAUUUCCAGAUGGGCCAUUUACUUUCUGUAUGGACUGAUGGAGCAGUACAGGGCUGGUCUGCUCUAA